GGAAACUACGCUUUCCUCUUCCCAUUCAGACAAUGGACUGCCAAGCGGCAUGUUCAGCAGCCCGGGCUCCACUUUCAUCCUGGACGAGCGCGUACAGCUAACUGUGGGCCUACAGACCCAAGAGAGACAUCUGGUCUUGUUCAGUGAUGUGCUGGUCAUCGCUAAGUCCAAGUCCUCCUCCAGCCUGAAGCUAAAAAAGCAGGUGCAUCUGAGUGAAGUGUGGACCGGUACCUCUCUCAGCGAAGUGACGGAGAAAAAGAUGAGUCCUGAGAAUUCAUUUGUCAUUGGCUGGCCUACCACCAACUAUGUUGUCACCUUCAGCUCAGCUGACAUGAAGGAGCGAUGGCUGUCAGCAUUACUAUGGCAUAUCAAUGAGGCAAAACAGAAUGAAUAUCUGAAGAAUCUAAGCCUUCAGAUCUUUGUGGUGGAUGGUGACAACUGUUCUUCUACUACCACAGUCAAUGUGUCCAAUAUGGAAACUGCAGAGAGUGUAAUGAAGAAGACCCUUCUUCAGCUUGGACUUCCCGGCAGGACAAGUGAACACCACCUCUGGGUGAUCUCAGGAAAAGAUGACCCUGCUUACCCUCUCAUUGGGCAUGAACAUCCUUUCAGCAUCGCAUUGAACUCUCUCCGGGACUCUGCUGACCACCAACAAGGAACUAACAACAACACCUUCCUGGCUGAUGGGACAGAGGCUUCCUUCCUUGAUCAGCUCCCAAAGGAAAAACAGUGUCAGUUUGUCCUGAAGCCCAGGCUCCAAGCUCCAGUGCAGCUGAGGAGAGGGUCACUGCAGAAACACACCAAGAGGAAGAAGUCUUUGAUUGACUGGGCCCUGCGCCGCAGUGCCAGCACCCCCACAGGCAGCCCUCCUUCGCAGUCACCCACCACUCCACGGAAGCUCUUUGGCCUGUCUCUGUCCUCUGUCUGUCCUGAUGGGAUCCUUCCCAAGCCAAUCAUGGACAUGCUGCUCCUGUUGUACCACGAAGGCCCCUCUACUAGGGGCAUUUUCAGACGUUCUGCCAAUGCCAAGACUUGCAAGGAGCUGAAAGAGAAGCUGAACUCUGGAGAUGAUGUCCAGGUGGAUGGAGAGUCAGUCUUUGUGGCUGCAGCUGUCAUCACGGAUUUUCUCCGAAAUAUACCUGACAGUGUUCUAUCCUCAGACAUGCACGGACUGUGGAUGGAAGCUGUGGACACGGAAAAUUGGGCACAUAAGAUUGAAGUUAUCAAAAGUCUAGUCAACCAGCUUCCAGAGGCCAACCUCAUCUUACUCAGACAUCUCUUUGGAGUCCUCCAUCAUAUUGAGCAGAAUUCCGGCGUGAAUCAGAUGAAUGCCUUUAACCUGGCUCUGUGCAUAGCACCCAAUAUGCUGUGGCUACCAAGUCCCACUGGGCCUGAAGAGGAGAGCAGGUCUACAAAGAAGGUGGCUUUGUUAGUGCAGUUCCUGAUUGAAAACUCAGGAGAGAUUUUUGGAGGUGACAUUGCUUCCUUGUUUCAAAGACCAGAUAAAAAAAAGUCCAAAACCUCAAAGGAAUCCCUGGGCAUAGGUGUGGUGCAGCACAAUGAUUCCUCUGAUGAGCUGGAAUUUUCUACUUGUGACCCAGAAGGACCAAAGCACCACCUGGCACCUGAAACAGAUGCCAUUUUUGAACCACCCAGCAGCUUGUUACUCGAUGAGGAACAAGAAGACUGGGACCUGUUCAGUGAGAUUACAGCCUGCUACCAAAGCAAAGCCCAGAAGAACGCCAGUGCAGACAGCUACGACCUCCUGGAAGAGGAGGGUUCCUUCUGCUCCAUCGGCUCGAUACGCUCUCUCAGCCCAGCCAGGGACCGGUGCUCGUCAGAGCCCAGUGUCUGCCUCAGCUCCCAGCUGCCUGCCCAGGAGCACGAGCCGGUGGCCCGCCAAUCCAGCUGUGAUGCCACCAUCAUGGGCAGCCACACAGACUAUAUUCACAGGCUCAAGCAGCUGCAGGUGGAGAGCCAGAGGUUAAUAGAUGAAGGCCUAAGCCCUGGGGUUAAUAAGGCCAGGCAGAACUUCUGGCAGUCGCCUCAGACCAGUUGUAGGGUGAAGAAGCUCAGCCUUCAGAAAUCCAGCCUGUCCAACAGGUCCAGCUUCUCUAGCCUGUCCUCUACCACCACCUCCCCAUCUGCCUCCUCACUCAGCUCCUUAGACAGUGCUUUCUCCUACUGCUCAGAGUCAUCAGCCAUCAGUCCCACAGACGUCUCAUCCCUGCCAUUCAUGUUUGGCACAUCUGCAAGGCUUCAUGCUGCAUCCCCCAAGAUUGCCAAGAGGUCCCCAAAAGAGUGGCACAAGCCCUUCACAUCUCCUGUGCCUUUACACACGGGCGACCUGGACAGUUUCCAUGAGGAUGAACCCAAGGCUGGAGAGAGCAGUCAUUGCUUUGGAGAGAGGAGAAGUUCUCCCUCUGUCAGUGGAACUGCCUUGGGAAGCCCGCUAGCUGGCAUUGACUGGGAAGAAGAGGAGAGACAGAUGACUUGUGCAGGGGGCCCUGGCCCGGGGCUCAGAAGCCAGGAUUGCACCAAAGAGUUUGAACAAAACACUGGGCUCCCAGCUGCCAGCUCACCCGCUGAGAAACCCCCACACAUCAGCCACCAGCAGCACAGGGAGAAGGCAAUGAAGAACUUAGAAAUCAAAAGCAUGGAUGCCUGCCCUCCAAGCCAGGAAAGCCUGAAGCGCACCAAGAUAACAUUUUACGUGGCCCCUAAUAGAGAAAGCUCUUGGAGGUCUCCAGUGGAAGAGGAAGAGGAGAGAUCCAUGGCAGGCACCAGCAGCAGUGACCCCCCCAGCAGCAGCAGUGAGCAAAGCUUGUCCAAGAGCUUGCAGACUGUGAGAGUCCAUAUCCCCCAGACAGUGUUCUAUGGUCAGAAUACCCCCCUUGUCCUGCAGUCCACCUCCAGGCACGGCUGCCAUGAGCCGACAGCCCCAUCCCUGCAGGCAGAGCACAGCGAGAGCCCCCAAAGCGCCUCCACUCCUGAGGAGCUGGAGAGUGCGGCGGUGGGAAUGGCGCCUGCGCAGACUCAGAGCAAGGGCUUCAACCUGUUCAGCCACACUGUCUGCAUCACCCUCCCCACCUCUGUCCGAAACACCGUCAGGGAGUACUUCACAUGCGAUGACACCAAGACCUGUCCUGCAGCUGAGGUGGAAGCGGUGGAGGAUGAACUCCUUCGGAGCAGAGUGGCAUGGCUCAGGAGCCAGCCACUGGCAGAGGUGGCCACAGAGGAGCGUGAGACAGUGACGUUUGCAGAAGAGACAUUUGUCUAG